GGCACCAAAGCCAUUCGCUUUAGAUUUUUGAUCGACCGACGUGAUUUCUCUUGAGGUAUUCUCAGCAAACUUUGCUAUUCGAGUUUUGAGUCUGUUCGGCGGCAGGGGCGAUCUGCACAUUAUUUGAGUCGUCUUUGCAUUUUUCUUUCAGAUUGAGUUUAUUUUCUCGUGCCUUUUUUUCGGCAUCAUGAGCGACAGUCUCGAGGAACGGCUGAAGAGCCAUGCAAAGGCCUUUGACGGUCUACUUUCUUUGAUUCCCGCAAAAUAUUACUAUGGGGACGACAACAGUGAUCAAUGGCGGAAGAAGAAACAAACCAAGGACGAGGCCCAGAAAGCCAAGCGAGCAAAACUCGAUCCUGACUCCGCCAAAAGCGCCAAGGACAUUAUGGAUGAAAACGCACGAAAGCGAAAGCGGGAAGAGGAAGGCGGGGAUGUCUUGGAUGGUUUCGACGAUGUUGAAGGAAUUGAGCGCGAACAGCCCAAAGAGGGCUUGAAGAAGGGGAACAAGGGGGCAAAGAAACAGAAAAAAGAUGCCAACUCCGAGUCUCACGAAGAUGCAACACAGACAGAGGAACAACAGACAUCGGACCCCACAGAGGAGAAAACUAACAAAGCUCUGAAGCGGAAGGAGAAGAAGGAGCGAAAGAAGUCGCGCGCUCAAGCCCAAACAGAGAAACAGGAGGCCAAAAAGGCCCGGAAAGAGGAAGAAAAAUCUGUGCCGGAAAAUGGAGAUGACAAAGAUGAAGUUGUCAACCACGAAGAUGCAGAGGAACCUCAUGAUGACGAUUCUGUUGCCGAUAUGGAGAGGAUUGAUAUAGAUGGACUAGCCGGCGAAGGGCAGACUCAGUCCACUGCUUCGUCUUCGCCAGCACCCGGUUCUCACGAAUUUGACCAGUCGGUGCCGGGAUCAACCGCAUCCUCGACCUCGUCUGUUGUUCCGUCUACCGACAAGGAUGAGCAGAGCAAGAGUGCGGCUGGAGAAAAGCAGGCAAAGCCAAAGGUCGCUCCCGAAGAGCUUAAAUCACGACUACAGGCCCGGAUUGACGCAUUGCGCGCUGCUCGAAAGGCGGAUGGAAUCAAUGGCGCUCCAGCAAAAAAUCGUCAGGAAUUGAUGGAGGCAAGGCGGCGCAAGGAGGAGCAACGAAGGACUCAUAAAAAAGAACUUCGCCAAAAGGCCAAAGAGGCAGAGCAAUUGGCUAGAGAGGAAACACUCUCGCGCCUAAACUCGCCGACUACCGCGUCCAAUGCAGGCAGUUUUGGAGCUGCAGACGAUUCACAGGAUCAGAAUUUCUCAUUUGGACGUAUCGCGUUUGGCGAGGGACAACAGUUGGACCCAAGUGGAUCUGGUAUCGUGGACAUUCGCAAGCGCAGGGGCCCGCAAGACCCGUACACUGCUCUGAAGGCAGCCCAGAGCAAGCAGGCUCGGGUGAACGGCUACGACGAAGAUAAGCGUGCGGACAUUGAAGAAAAGGACCUUUGGCUCAAUGCGAAGAAGCGUGCUCAUGGCGAGAAAAUUCGAGACGACACUGCCUUACUUAAAAAGACUCUAAAGCGCAAGGAACAAGCCAAGAAGAAGAGUGAAAAGGCCUGGAAUGAGCGCUUAGAAGGAGUCGAGAAGGGCAAGGAAAUGCGGCAACGAAAGAGAGAAGAGAAUUUACGCAAGAGGAAGGAAGAAAAGGGUAGCAAGGGAAAGGGAAAGAAGGCCGGCAAACCAGGGAAAAAGGUGAAGCGGCCUGGCUUUGAGGGAAGCUUCAAGGCUAAGUCAAGAGCUUGAACUAUCCAUUUCACCGAUGGCAUAACUUUUGUUAGGCAUGGCGCUAAAAGUUUGGGGCAUGGUUGCUUAAUGCAUUGAGACUUGCUUUGGGAUUUCUUUCGCUGAAUAACUUGCUUAAUGCUAAAAGGAGUUUGCAGGGGCGAUAUAUGAACAUUGAAAAUUGCCCUGUUUCCUGUUUCGAAGGCCUCCAGUUUAUCUAUAUGGAGCAUCCGCUCUCGCUACAGCAGCUAAUUCGGGUUCCCAUUUAUCUCCAUUUGCCAGCAAUUUCUCCUUGUUGUAGAGAAGCUCUUCACGAGUCUCAGUCGCGUAUUCGGCGUUUGGU